AUGGGUCAUCCUGGUUUCGGAGUGCUGGUGAUUUUGACGGCUAUCGCGGUGUCGGACGUCUUAGGCCGCGGACUUGCCGAAUCCUGUCCUACGCCUUGUAUUUGCAAAUGGAAAAACGGAAAAAGAGCCGUGGAAUGCGUUGAUCGUGCACUAAUCACCAUUCCUGAACGAGUUGAUCCCGAAACCCAAGUACUCGACAUGUCUGACAACAAUUUGCAAAUAUUGCCCCGCGAAACCUUUGUUCGCGCCGGUCUCCUGAAUUUACAAAAAGUAUACCUACGUACUUGCAGAUUGGGUCAAAUUGAUGAACAAGCUUUCCGAGGUUUAACCAAUCUUGUGGAAUUAGAUUUGUCGAACAAUCUUCUGACGGCUGUUCCCUCGGCCACAUUCCAAGAUGUUCCGUUCUUGCGAGAUCUCACGCUAGCGCACAACCCGAUACAAAAAGUUGAAGGCUUGGCAUUCAAACAUGCGCCGAGCCUCGUCAAAUUAGAUCUGUCCCAUUGUCAAUUGCAGAGUAUCGCCCCACGAGCCUUUGAAGGGAUAGCGCUUUUGGAAAUCUUAAAAUUGAAUGGAAAUCGCCUAUCGGAACUAAGACCUAGAACCGUAGAGACUCUGACUCGUCUUCGAGGUGUCGAAUUGCACGACAAUCCGUGGUUGUGCGACUGCAGACUUCGAGAGGCAAAAGCUUGGUUGGCUGAGAAUAAUAUCCCGUACCCUAUAGCGCCGGUUUGUCGUGGUGGUCCUACGAGAGUAAUUGAUAGAACAUUUGCGGAAUUGCAUGUAGACGACUUUGCUUGCCGGCCAGAAAUGCUUCCAGUAAAUCGUUACGUAGAAGCUUCAGCUGGAGAAAAUGCAUCUAUAUCCUGUAGAGCUGGCGCUGUUCCUGCAGCUUCGGUAAGAUGGUAUUGGAAUGGGCGGCCGUUACUUAACAAUUCCGCAUUCAGUUCGCACCAAAGGAUUUAUAUUUACGAAGAAGGGCAUUUUGAAAAACGCAGCACUCUUGUUUUAACUCAUGCUCAAGAAUCUGAUUCUGGCGACUUCUAUUGCGUCGCAGAGAAUAGAGCAGGAGCAGCCGAAGCUAAUUUUACGCUGCAUGUUUCUAUGCGAGCUGCUGGAAUGGCUACAUUAGGUGGUGGCCAAAUCGCUGGAUUGAGCGCCGCUCUUGCCGUUCUUGUUUUGUGCGUAUUACUCGUUAUUUUGGUGAUGCUUGUGCGGAUACGAAGAAUGCCGUAUGUGGACACAAAAACACCAAACGUCCAAGAUAACGCCCAGCCAUCUUCAGUGAUCAUAGCAAAUGGAAAGCCGCCCAUAACCAGUGACAAUUGCACGUCUUCUUCACCAGCCGACAUAAAAGCUUCGUCUCCUAAAGCUCGUCUUGCUGAAUUAUCUUACAGUACCAGUCACUACGAUGCCAACGGGAGCGUGUUGACAGCGACCUCGCCCACAACGUCUACCAACAACCCAGAUUUGAUAAACGAUACAAAUCCAGCCGAAGCGGCGGGCAGCGGCGAGUAUACGCGCGCUGCUUGCGACAGCUUGUAUCCUUCAGGGCUGUGGGCGGAAACUUCUGAGAACAACUCGGCAGCUAUUAAACGAACUACGAGCUACGACGACACUACGCCAAUUGUUCCCAUAGAAGGCACCGAUUAUACGAGAUGCAGGACGUUACCCAGGCCUCCAGCCCAAGGCGUCUACCCCGCCGACUACGGCUUGCCGUUGCCCCAACCGCAGUUGACCGUGCCUUCUAAUGCGAAAACGCUCCGAGUUUGGCAAAGAGGCGGCGUACCGGUCCUUCCACCAGUUAAUGCCCUGAAAAGGGCCUUGUCAAGCAGUAGAAAUUCGCCGGACGAAGGAUAUCAGGAAGGUUGCGGCACCGACGUCUAA